CUAUGGGUAUAUCAUCUAUGGCGAACCGAACAAACAAAUGUUUUUACUGUUUUGGCUUACCUUUUCGUUUUGUUGUGAUGAACAAAUUUAUCUUUUAAUGUUGUCUGUUAAACACUAGUGCCAUAAAGAAAUAUUUACUGUUUUAUUAAAAAAAUGUUAAUAACCGUGCCUUUUGUGUGACAGUGGAAGCAUCAAAAAUAAACACAUGAUACCUUCUUCGGUCGGAUUUCAAUUGUUUUCAUUAUGACGAAGCGCCGAAGAAUACUGCAUGCUGAUAAAAUUAUACAAAAUGUUAUUCAUAUAUUUUGUUUGUUAAUGUUUUUGCAACUAAAAGGUUAUUACUCUGUUAGUAGCAAUCCUAUACUUCUUUACUCAACUGCUAAUGAUAUUAGGGUUGUCAAUAUUCCAAAGUUCACGAAAGCCACCGCCAUCGUAAAAGAUCUGGAGCAAGGGUCUGCCGUUGACUUCAUCUACAGAAAGAGUUUGAUUUGUUGGUCUGAUCAAACUGCAGAGUUGAUACAAUGCAUGCAUUGCAACGAAACCCAUUCUGGAGAAAAGAUGAACAUUGUAACGGAAGGUCUGAUCACACCUACUGGCAUUGCCAUAGAUUGGUACACGGACAAUAUCUAUUGGACAGAUGGAGAGACAAACAGGAUAGAGGUCAUAAGCCUAGAGCACAAGUAUCGGAAGGUUUUGUUCUGGUCAGAAGUUGAUUUAGCACGGGCCAUCGCUGUAGUUCCUAAAGAAAGCUUAAUGUUUUGGACUGAUUGGGGUGAAGUACCCAAAAUAGAACGUGCGGGUAUGGAUGGGAACCCAUCUACUCGGAGAGUUAUAGUCAAGAAAAACAUUUACUGGCCUAACGGCAUCACUAUAGACUACAACAAGAAUUUGAUAUACUGGAUUGACGCUAAACUUCAUUUUGUUGAUGUAAUAGACUUUAAUGGGGAAAAUAGAAAGAGAGUUGUCAAAGGGGGUUUGGAGUAUCCGUAUGCUUUGACUACCUUCAAUGAUAAGUUGUACUGGACUGAUUGGAAGACUUGGUCACUACACACAUGGGAUAUUUCAAGCAGCGGGCCAAUAAAAGAGAUAAUCAAGUCGAACCCGGUGCCGGUGGACAUCAAGGUGUACGAUGCCAGCAGACAGCUGAUGCCAGCCGGGGAGCUCCCCUGCAGUGUCAACAACGGCGGCUGCUCGCACCUCUGUCUGCUGUCUCCUGCUAAUUCAGCGGGUUACAUAUGCGCGUGCCCAACGGGUGUGAAACUGAGAGAAAAUAGCGACACAACUUGCUACAACGCGCCACAAUCGUUACUCCUCGUCGCACAGAGGUCAAUGAUCUCCAAGAUAUCACUCGACUCCCCCGACUUCACUCCGUACACUCUGCCAUUGAGGGAUUUGAAGAAAAUACUAUCAGUCGACUUUGAUCCGAAAACGGAAUAUGUUUACUGGGCGGAUAGUGUGUUGAAGUCCAUAUCCAGAGCCCGUUUGGACGGCAGCGAGCAGUCCGUGGUGAUCCCCAGCAGCGGCGUAGGAGACAGCAUCGCCAUAGACCCGCUGGCGCGCAACAUCUACUGGACCGACCCCGUGGCAGACACUAUCAAUGUGGCCAGGCUUGAUGGCAGCGCUAGGAAGGUGCUUAUCCACGACGAGCUAUACGACCCCCGCGCUAUAGCUUUGCACCCCACGGCGGGCUGGAUGUUCUGGUCCGACUGGAACGAGAAGAAGCCUAAGAUUGAACGGGCCAACUUAGACGGUACCGGCAGGGUUUUGCUGGUCUCAGAAAAACUGACCUGGCCCAAUGGUAUAGCUUUGGAUUUGGUGAACAACAAACUUUACUGGGGUGACGCGAGGACUAGAAAAAUUGAGGUUUGCAAUAUGGACGGCACCAAUAGAAAGGAACUCCACAGCGCUGACAUCCUUCACAUAUUCGGUGUCACAUUGCUCGGGGAACAUCUCUACUGGUCCGACAUGCAACGGCGGACGUUAGACAGGAUCAACAAGAACACAGGCCUAGACCGGCAGACGGUUGUGGAACAAAUGGCCAACAUGAUGGGGAUAAAGGCUUUCAAACUCGGGGAGCCGCUCGGCUGGAACCGCUGCGCGGACGACAACGGGGGCUGUUCACAUCUCUGCUUCAAUCGACCGAACGAUUAUGUGUGUAGCUGUCCGCUGGGUUUGGAACUAGGUAAAGAUAGGAAGAACUGCGUGGAGCCCGAGGCUUUUCUUUUGUACAGCCGCAAGAAUGUCAUCGGGAGGAUCAGCAUCGAGAAUGAUGAUAACGAUGCGGUUCUGCCUAUCAAAGACCUCAAGGAAGUGAGCGCAUUGGCCGUCCACGUCUCCGGUUUGAAGCUGUACUGGUCAGACAGCAAAACUAAGACGAUAAGCCGAUGUUCAAUUAACGGCACAAACAUUGAGAGGAUAUUAGAUUGGACCGGGUUGGUGGAAGGCUUAGCAAUUGACGAAUCAGCCCAAAACAUCUACUGGACGGACACGGCGACCCAACGCAUAGAAGUGGCCCGGCUGGACGGCUCCAGCCGACGGACGCUUAUUUGGCAGACCCUGAAGAAACCAAAGAGCAUCGCACUGGAUCCUAGAAAAGGCUUCAUGUAUUGGUCAGAGCUGGGGUCUAAGAACAUAAAGCGCGCCGGUAUGGACGGCUCUAACCCCUCCGUCAUCAUAGAGCAAGCCGGACGCGCGCACGCUCUGGCCAUAGACUACGAGCGGAGAGCACUCUUCUGGGCGGCGUUGGACCCGCCGACCAUAGAGUACGCCUUUCUGAACGGAACUGGAAGGAAGACGCUCAUUUCGAAUGUGUCUAUGCCCUAUGCGCUUACAUUGUAUAAGGAUACGGUGUUUUGGGGUGAUUGGAAUACUGGCGUAGUAGAAUCCGCCAAGAAAGUGGACGGCAGCUCCCGCCGCCGCGUGCAGUCGCGCCUGGACUACAUCUCGUCCCUGAGCGCGUGGACGCGGCGCGGCAGCAACCAGUGCGGCGUCGACAGCGGCGGCUGCCAGCACCUGUGUCUGCCCGCGCCCCAAGCCUUCCGCUGCGCCUGCGCCGCGCACUACCGGCUGCGGCCCGACAACCUCACGUGCUCCGAACCAGAAGAGUUCCUGCUUUUCGCCCUGAAGAACUCCAUAGGGAGGCUGUACAUGACAUACGGGGAGUGCCCCGACGCGUACAUACCGGUCACUGGAUUGAAGAAUAUUAAGGCGAUUGAAUACGACCCUACUAACAAGACCUUAUACUGGAUAGAAGAAGACUCCCACUCAAUCCGUGGCGUUCCCAUCUCUUACUACUCCACGUCCGCCAUUACAGACUCUUAUGUCGUCGUGGAAGGGAUUCCCCGCCCGUUUCACAUGGUCCUGGACGUAUUGGGACAAGCGUUGUACUGGACUGGACUAGAUUCGGAUUGUAUAAACGCUACGUCUGUGCGAAAUACAAGUCUGACCGGAGUCAUUGUUCGCGGUGAGAACAUGAUGCCCAGACAUUUGGCGUUUCAUCAGACGAAAAGAUUCUUAAUUUGGAACGAUGUAGGUCUAGGCGCUAUAAUGCGCUCCAAUGUAGACGGCACCGGUCGCGUAGAACUGGCGCGGGCGAGCAACGCGACCGCGCUCGCGCUUGACCAAGCCACUUCUAUCGUCUACUGGGCAGUCAGCACUAAGAUCUAUGCCGUUGAUUUAUCCGAUAACAAAACCCGGCAAGUGUGGCAGGGCGGCUGGGUGUCGGCGCUGGGCGCGUACGGCGGCGCGCUGUACCUGGGCGCCGCGAGCGGCGAGCGCGCGCUCAUGCGGCUGCCGCUGCACCGCCGCGACCUGCCCGCUGCGCCCGCGCUGCAUGCUCGCGCGUACGCACUCGUCGCUGUUGCGCAGGUUGCGCACGAGCACCCGUGCGCGGCGCACCCGUGCGGCCCCGCGCCCGGCGCGUGCGGCGGCGGCGGGCGCUGCGGCUGCGGGCUGGCGUGCGCGCCGCCGCCGCACUGCGCGCCCGGACACUUCCUGUGCGGCCAGGCGCGCCGCCCCGCCGCCGGGCUGUACUGCGUGCCGCUGGCCUGGAGAUGCGACGGGCAAGUGGACUGCCCGGACGGGUCGGACGAGGCGGCGGCGGCGUGCGGCUCGUGCGGCGGCGGCGUGCGCUGCGCGGACGGCGCGUGCGCCGCCUCGCUGGCCGCCUGCCGCGCCGGCGCGCUGUGCGCCGCGGCGCGCAUGCCGCACGCCUUCCGAUGCGACGAACGUUUGUGCAUAUCGCCUCACUUGCAAUGCGAUGGAACGCCGCAUUGUGAAGACGGAUCCGAUGAAGCGCCCGCGAAUUGCGUUAGACAAGAGGCGCCUGGACGUCAAUCGAGCGCGUUCGUAGUAUGCGGCGCCAUAGCCGGCGUAGCGGGCGGUGCAUUCGCAGCGUUCGCAGCGCUGAAGCGCUGGAAACUGGUGCAGAGGAGACCGGUUAGACGCGCUGCCCAACCAGCCGCUCGAGCGAUGAAGCCGCUGCAUAUUGAGGAGAGACGCCCGCUUGAAUCUGCUAGCUGUACUCAAAUGUCAGCGAGCCCGUGCGACCGCUACCCGCGGCCCACGGCCAACCCGCCGCCGUCGCCCGCCACGGCCAGCGGGCUGGCGGGGGACGCGGGCGGCGGGGCGGGCGGCGCGGGGGGCCGGCGGCGCGCCUACCGCCACUACCGCGCCAUGAACCGCGUGCCGCCGCCCACGCCCGCCUCCACCGACGCGGCCGACUCCGAGCCCGAGGCGCGCGCGCCGCCGCCCUCGCCCGCGCCCUGCCUCUACUAGUGUCAGUGUCAGUGUCAGUGUCAAUGCAGCAACUCUCGCUCAUACUGCAGCUAAUUGUGUUAGGAACGUGUGACGUCAUCUCUAAGCUACAAGUCACGACAGCCAAUCACGUGACCCCACCACGCUUGUGUCAGUGCAGGAACUCUCGCUCAUACUGUA